CAGGUACUCAUUAAUGAGUGAAGGAUCAAAAGGUGGGACGGUGGCCAAGAAGCAAUGGAGAAUAAAAGUUUAGAAGGUUCCCCAUCAGACCUAAAGUUAGUGGCUCACCCAAGAGCAAAGAGUAAAGUGUGGAAGUACUUCGGGUUUGAUACCAAUGCAGAAGGAUGCAUAUUGCAGUGGAAGAAGAUCUACUGCCGUAUUUGCAUGGCACAGAUUGCCUAUUCAGGAAACACAUCCAACCUUUCCUACCACCUUGAGAAAAAUCACCCAGACGAGUUCUGCGAAUUUGUGAAAAGCAACACCGAGCAAAUGAGGGAAGCCUUUGCCACCGCAUUUUCCAAAAUCAAGCCGGAGUCGUCGCAGCAGGUCAUUCAAGAUAGCCUCAUCAUGAAGACCUACCAGAACUACGAAAACAAAAAACAUCAGGACCUGACAUCUGCAGUCAUCAGCCUGAUCUGCGAGGGCAUGUAUCCGGCCUCUAUUGUUGAUGAACCCACCUUCAAGGCCCUCUUGAGAACGGCAGACCCCAGGUAUGAACUUCCUAGUCGAAAGUACUUCUGUGCGAAAGCUAUUCCCGAAAAGUACAAUGCCACUAGAGAAAUUGUGCUGAAGGAGCUCACCGGGAUCCUGUGGUGUGGCAUCUCCACGGACAUGUGGAGGAGCGAAAACCAGAACAGGUCGUACGUGACUGUCGCGGUUCACUUUCUCAGCAGCAGCCCUGCCAACUGCUUGGUGGUGAACUCGCGGUGUUUAAAAACGUUUGAGGUGUCGGAGGAUAACACCGCCGAGACUAUCACGCGAGUCCUGUAUGAAACGUUCAUCGAGUGGGGGAUCAAUACAAAAGUCUUUGGUGCUACAACAGAUUACAGUAAAGACAUUGUGAAAGCUUGCUCUCUCCUAGAUAUUCCCGUACAGAUGCCUUGUUUGGGGCACACUUUUAACGCAGGAAUACAACAGGCUUUUCAGCUCCCUAAGCUCUGCAGCCUUCUUGCCAGGUGCCGCAAGCUGGUGGAGUACUUUCAGCAGUCUACGGUUGCCAUGUACAUGCUGAGCGAGAAGCAGAAGCAGCAGAAUAUCCUCCACUGCAUGCUGGUGAGCGACCGUGUUUCCUGGUGGGGAAGCACGCUCGCGAUGCUGCAGCGCCUCAAGGAGCAGCAGUUUGUCAUUGCGGCUGUCCUGGUGGAGGACAGCAACAACCACCACCUCAUGCUGGAAGCCAGCGAGUGGAAUACAAUCGAAGGGCUGGUGGAGCUGCUGCAGCCUUUCAAGCAGGUCGCAGAGAUGAUGUCUGCUUCAAAGUACCCCACGAUAAGCAUGGUGAAGCCACUUCUCCACAUGCUUCUCAAUACUACCCUGAACAUCAAAGAGAACGAUUUGAAAGAAAUCAGCAUGGCAAAGGAGGUGAUUGCUAAAGAGCUGUCAACCACCUACCAGCACACGCCUGAGAUAGACAUGUUUCUCAACGUUGCAACUUUCUUGGAUCCCCGCUACAAAAAACUGCCAUUUCUUUCAGCCUUUGAGCGGCAGCAGGUUGAAAACAGAGUGGUGGAAGAAGCGAAAAGCCUGCUGGAGAAAGUAAAAGAAAAUACCUUUAGGACUGAAGAAAAACUCUUCGCUGUUUCAGAAGAGCCCCCUGUGAAAAAAAUCAUCAUCUCUUCUACUCCUCCUCCUACCAGCGUCAUCAACAACAUGCUCGCAGAGAUCUUUUGCCAGACGGGAGGUGUGGAAGACCAGGAGGAAUGGCACGCUCAGAUUGUUGAGGAGUUGAGCAACUUCAAGACACAAAAGGUCCUCGGUUUGAACGAAGACCCGCUGAAGUGGUGGUCUGACAGACUAGCGCUGUUUCCAGUUUUACCAAAGGUUCUUCAAAAAUACUGGUGUAUUUUGGCCACAAGGGUUUUCCCUGAACGCCUUUUUGGUUCUUCUGCUAAUGUUGUAAGUGCAAAGAGAAACCGGUUAGCCCCAGCUCAUGUGGAUGAGCAGAUCUUUUUGUAUGAAAACAGUCGGAAUGGGUCCGAGGCAGAACCGGAGGAUGAAGAUGAAGGAGAGUGGGGUUUGGAACAGGAACAGAUUUUUAAUUUAAAUGACUCGGUAAAUGUAAACAACAAUUUCUUUAAUAUCCGAGACAGUGGGUUUUUUUAACAGAACUGCUGCGGUACAUUUAAUAACAAACAAACAAACAAAAAGCUGAGACAUCUUUUUGGAGGGGCAAUAGAGGAACUUCAGCUUUUGAGUGCUUUCAUGCUGGAAAAGUACAUUUUUAAACAGGCUCUCGGAGUACAUACUUUAUGUCAAAAGAAGAGUUGCCUUUUGCCGCCAGCUAAGUAUUUCCAAUUCAGGAUUAAAAUACGAUGGCCUAGACAAGGUUUUUUAGGGUUAACAAGCCAACUAAAGGGAGUUUUGUGUGACUGACCUACCUCUGCACACAUUUCGCCUCUCUCUGCCAUCAGGGAUUACUGUGAAGACAAAAGGGAAACCCUGAACCAAACUUAAGUUGAAAAGGUGAAUUUUUCCAGCAAACCAUGUCUGAGGUGCCUCGCUUUAAAUGAAGGGAAUAAAGUUCUGGAUUAUUUGUGAAAAGGGUGUAUUAUUUUAAGUUUCUGUCGUAGCACUGUAUUAGAUUAAUUUGGAGGGUUUUCUUUAAUUAAUGUCAUGGUGGUCCAAUUAGCUUUACAGCAGCAUUUGUAUGCAGGUGGAAAUAUUAAAAGCAAAAGAAACACUAAUUGGUUAUUUGUAAUGUUUUAUAGGACCUCUGAAAACUUAAAAGUGACGUGUAGUUCAUGAUUUUUUCCUUUUUGUGUGAGAGCUCAAAAGGAAGGGGCUGCCUGAGGACAUCGUUUCUGAAGCGGGAUUGAACACGGAAGUAGUUCAUUUUACGUAUUCCCUGACAACUGGGUAAAAGAAACUGUAUGCUGGAAAAAUUGCAUUUUAGUCUCUUCGUGCUGUACUCCUUUCGGUGGUCACUGUUUCUGAGGGUCCUUCUCAGAGGAUGAUGUCUUUCUGAAGGUCUUGGUGAUCCCACUUGGUGGUACAGUGCUGCAUAGGCUAGGCUGUCUUUUUGGCUAUGCUGAGAAGACUGUCUUGCUUUGGCUCCUGCUUUUGUUUAUGUUUUGUGGCUUUUUUUUUGUUUGUUUGUU